AUGACUGCUGAAAUGGCUAGCCUGGCUAGAGGGUCCAUCUCAUCCGCAUCAUCUGCGUCGACGUCGGGCGAUAUGGCCGAUGCACCGCGCUCGUACUCGCCCGAUGCAUCUGAUGCGGGUCGGAACAAGGUGGUGGGUGCCUGCUCCAGCUGCCGCAGGUCCAAGGUCCGGUGCGAACACGACGGUACCGCGCCGUGCAAGCGCUGCAAGAACGGCGGCUAUGAAUGUGCCUUCAAGCCGCGAGAGAUGGGAAGCGCGUUCCUGCACGACGAGUGGCGCGUCAAGACCGACGAGACGCUCACCAAGCUCGUGUCGGCCAUCAAUGCGCUGGUGCAGCAGGAGUCGUCAUCGAGCUGGCGCAAGCGCAAAACCACCGAUGACGGGUGGCGCGACGAGUCGGCGCAUGCCAGUCCGGCAGCCGGUCCAUCGAAUGCAAGGGCGGCGGGGUCGACACAUGCGAUGACGCUCAACGAGUCCAUGCUGGGCUACCGCGUGCAGCCACACUUGGCGAAUGCGUCAACAACCGCAACGCCCAUGGACCAUAGAGGCAUCUCGGCUUCCCGGCGACCGUCCGCUGUGUUUGGGCUCAAUCCUUUGGCAAAUGGACCAGGCACGAUCAUUUCUGGAACGGACGUAACAGUAUGUCGUGACGCGAAGGUACAAGGCUCUCCGAGGGCACAGAGUAGCCUUGCACUUCCUCGGUUUGCUCUCAGCAGCCCGGCACCGCCCACAGCCGAACCCAAAACGGCGCUGCUCUCGCGUCCUAGUCGAUACCGCUACCCAGAUGCGAGUCUCGGGAGCAACGAUCCGCGCUUAGACGCAGUUCGUCUCGGCAUCCUCUCUUCGCAUGAAGCACGAUCGCUCUUUUCGCUAUACGCCAAGCGAAUCGAGCCGUUCGCAUUUGGCUUUCCCGACUUUCCUGCCUCGAACGAGCUGACUCCAGUCCUGCUCUCGGCGAUCGCAACGGUUGCCUCGCGGUAUUCGCACGCCGACUUAUGCGAACGUCAGCUUCGACUGCGCGCGGAUGUCCUUGAUCGCACGCUCCCGUACGCACCUGCUACUGCCGAGGACGAAUUCAACCCCGAAAGCGGGAUCGGCACGGAGGAGGUGGUGGGUGCGUGUAUCUGGAGUGCCUACGAUGCCUCGCCGGACGCGUGGAGGGUGGCGAGAGCCGCGCGAUGGUGGAGCGAAAAGUACAGCUACGAGUCGGGACCUCAUGCUGGGCUGACAGUCGGUGAGAUGGUCGCCAUCCUUCCGCCGGUCCGUCCCGUCAAUAUGCAGGACCGUGUGCGCGUAUGGCUCACCGCUUUCCUCGCUGAGCUGCAUCAGUGCGAGAUUCACGACAAGCAACCCAUCAUGCAGCUCGUCGAUCCGGCGCAGUACGGCCAGGCGCUCACUUCCGACUCGUCCGCAGGACCGACACGAUCGACCUCGCCUGGAGGUCUGGGUAUGACGAAACAAGAUGCUGCACUCGUGUUCUAUUGCCGGAUCGCAUAUCUCGUCACCAAGUCGAGGGGCAUAACGGAUGCGGAGGAGCUGCUUAAGCUCAGCCGGGAAAUCACAGGCAGCUGGUACGAUGCCAGAGCGAAACUCGCAACCGAUCCGGAUCGAAAGGCCGAAGGCGACCAUACGAUUGACCUUCACCAUGCGCUCGCCAAGGCACGGAUGCUGAUCGUGGCGUGCAGAGCGUACGAGACGCGCUGCACAGCUGCAACGCCGGAACAGACAAGUGCGGCUGUAGCCUCGCACAUAUCGUGCGCACAGCAGUGCCAGAGCGCAUGCAUGGAUGUCCUUCGGCUCCUCGUUGCACCCCGAGCAGGGCUAGUGGGAAAUCUGGCGGUCUUGCCUCUGAUUCACCAUCACUGGAUAAUGGGAUGUCUGGUGUUCUUGCUGCGGCUGUGCGAUCCAGAACGCCAGUUUUACCGACUGGGCCUGCUCGCCGAGGGUCAGCUGGAAGACAUCUUGCGCAUUGUCAGCAGCUUCGUCCAGCAGUACGUCGGCGAGCUGGCACAGUGCAGCUCGUCGGCUCCCAUCCAAGGGCAAGACGACCAGCACGCGCACGAAGCGGUCCACCAUCCUGCGCUCGAGCCGGCGCUGGCUAUCGCUGAUCUUCUAGCCGGCGUGCGGGCCACAGCCUAG